UUAUGUUUUAACCGUCACAUCGCAUUUUGCAUGUCGCACAUGUCUGGCUUCGAGUUAGUAAUUUGUAGUUUGUAAUUACAAAAUGAGUGAGGAAAAUUUGGAAAACCGUGAGCGUUGCUUGCAAAAUGAGUUAACGAACGUCAAUCGUACAUUAGAAGACCUCAAGAAUACUUUUCACCUUAAGCAACAGCAGCACUCCGAGUACCAAGAAAAAAUAGAAAACCUCUCCAAGCAAGAACUAUUCAACUUACAAUGUGAACUGGAACAAUUAACAAAGGAGCGACAAGACGAAGAGAUUCGCCUCAUUAAAAUGCAAAAGGAUCGCUCACAAAUAACUGCUCAAUUGCAAACUGACAUUAAAAAGCUUACCGAAAUAUUACAAAACAAAACUAAAGGAGACGGCGAAGAGGUUGAUCUUAACUGUACGGUAUUGGGACAGAAAGAGAUGUGGAAUGAGGAAGUGAUGAGUAAAGAGUCCAGUCGAGAUGAUUUGUACCAUUUGCUUGACGAGUUGAACAGCUCGAUUAUGGUCAAAACCAAAGGUUUAGAAGAACUACGGGCAUGUGUGCAGGUUGCAAACAGCGAGCGAUUGGAGAUGAUCGACAUGCUUAACAGCACACUGCAUAAAAUGACAAUAGUAGAAAGCUCUGUUGAAAGUGUUCAUCCAAAAGGGGUCUUAUCUACUUGCGACUCCAACUCUUUAUUUAGCGAAGUCAACAAUAAGCGUGUCGAGAUGAAGAAGUCACUCGCCGAUUUGAAGAUAAAGUGUACGGAUUUGGCAAAAAUGAUUGAUUCCACCGAGAGUGAGAGAAUGCUCCUUGGGCAGAUACGAAGAGAAAUACAGGAUGUUCUGGAUAAUCAUCCCAAGGAUGCUUUGGACGAAUACAAUGCUUUGGUUGACAAGUACAGAACUACACGUGAGUCGGUGGAAAAAGCAAAUCUCGAGUACCAAAAGCUUCUUUCUGAAAAGGAAAAACUGUCAAACAGCGCUAACAGUCCAGAUGAUAUAUUCAGUUUCCACGACGAGUUUAUAAAACGCAAAGAGGACACUCGAAAGAGACUAAUUCACCUCUUCAGAUCCAUACUUUACGGAAAUGUUACGAUUUCUCAGCAGAAAAUUGAGAGUAAGAGGAAACACCUCAAGUACAAUGGUGAACACAAUUACAUACUCCAGGAGCUUGAAGAAAUAAGUUCCCUCAUCAAAGCCAUGGAGCAGCUCGCUCGCGAGAAUAAAGAGAAUGACCCCCCACAAGAGACUGCCAAGAAGGGAAAUGAUCCGGUUGCGCCAGUCGAGAAAAAGGUAACGUUUGAUGAAACUGUCCUCAGUCCACCACCUAGACGAAGAGGGCGACUUAUACAAUCUAAACCGGUUCACAUUCCCAGUGACCCACUCCAGAAUACAAAAAAAUAAAAUUAUGCGUUUUUGUUCAGUACUGUCGUUCUUUGUUCAAAUUUCCAUAGUAUUAGACUCGUCUUUGUAUAGUUUCUUGUUAACCUUUGUGUAAAUAAAAUAUUUGUUCAUUUA